GAUCAUACUCAGACUUCAGUCGCCACUUCUACACCAGCCUCCUCUCGUGCUCGGCAUUUUAACACUGUACAUUGCGUCCCCUGUCACUUUGACUCCCUUAGGGGCACGCUCCAUGGAUCGCAUGGCGGUCCGCUAGUGCACACAAGGCGGACGAACUAAGUGUUGGCGACCAGGACACACGGUCAACGCGGACGCUGGGGCUGACCGCCCGAGUAACCGAUCAGUGACAGCGAGUCACAGAUAUCAUCUCUAACACAUAUCAUUCGACGAAUACAGGCGUAGGGCUGACGCUGAUAGUCAAUGUGAAGUCUGCGCAUGCCAGCCUAGACGGAGCAUACCUGCGCCAUAGUCGCGACAAUUUAGCUGAGACGAUAGGUGAUCUGAUUCAGAACACAUAUCGCGCAACCGCAAGGGUGUCGAAGUACUCUGGACAAAGAUUGCGUUUUCGUGAUUCAUCGACCUGGCUCUCGGUCUUACAAAUCAGCAUCGCACAAGACUAAAGCUUUAAACGCGGUGUAACGUUGCUUGACUACGCUUCGCUGUAAUAAUAGCAGCGCCACAAGUAGUGUCGCCAAACAACUCUCACUUUGAGCUUGAGCACACCGCUGAGCCCCGAUGUCGCGGAGGCCAUGGCUUCUUGCCCUAGCGCUGGCAGUGGCGCUGGCGGCCGGCAGCGCAGGAGCCUCGACUGGCAGUGACGCGACGGUGCCGGUCGCGACUCAGGAUGGCCCCGACUACGUUUUCCACCGUGCCCACGAGCGCAUGCUCUUCCAAACCUCAUACACUCUUGAGAACAAUGGUUCUGUUAUUUGCAUCCCGAACAACGGCCAGUGCUUCUGCUUGGCUUGGCUUAAAUCCAACGGAACAAAUGCCGAGAAGUUGGCUGCCAACAUUCUGCAGUGGAUUACUUUUGCGCUUUCAGCGCUCUGCCUGAUGUUCUACGGCUACCAGACCUGGAAGUCUACUUGCGGCUGGGAGGAGAUUUACGUGGCCACGAUCGAGAUGAUCAAGUUCAUCAUCGAGUAUUUCCAUGAGUUUGACGAACCUGCGGUGAUCUACUCAUCCAACGGCAACAAGACCGUGUGGCUUCGUUACGCGGAGUGGCUGCUGACCUGCCCCUGGCGCGAUUCGCGCUUAAAUGUCAUUCUUAUCCAUCUGAGCAACCUUACGGGUCUGGCGAACGACUAUAACAAGCGUACCAUGGGUCUGCUGGUGUCAGAUAUCGGCACGAUCGUGUGGGGCACCACGGCCGCGCUGUCCAAGGGAUACGUCCGUGUCAUUUUCUUCCUGAUGGGCCUGUGCUACGGCAUCUACACAUUCUUCAACGCAGCCAAGGUCUACAUUGAGGCGUACCACACCGUGCCCAAGGGCAUUUGCCGCGACCUGGUCCGCUACCUUGCCUGGCUCUACUUCUGUUCAUGGGCUAUGUUCCCGGUGCUGUUCCUGCUGGGCCCCGAGGGCUUUGGCCACAUCAACCAAUUCAACUCUGCCAUCGCCCACGCCAUCCUGGACCUUGCCUCCAAGAACGCUUGGAGUAUGAUGGGUCACUUUCUGCGUGUCAAGAUCCACGAGCACAUCCUGCUGUACGGCGACAUCCGCAAGAAGCAGAAGGUCAACGUGGCUGGCCAGGAGAUGGAGGUGGAGACCAUGGUGCACGAGGAGGACGACGAGACGCAGAAGGUGCCCACGGCAAAGUACGCCAACCGCGACUCGUUCAUCAUCAUGCGCGACCGCCUCAAGGAGAAGGGCUUCGAGACCCGCGCCUCGCUGGACGGCGACCCGAACGGCGACGCCGAGGCCAACGCUGCAGCCGGCGGCAAGCCCGGAAUGGAGAUGGGCAAGAUGACCGGCAUGGGCAUGGGCAUGGGUGCCGGCAUGGGCAUGGCGACCAUCGAUUCGGGCCGCGUCAUCCUCGCCGUGCCGGACAUCUCCAUGGUGGACUUUUUCCGCGAGCAGUUCGCGCGGCUGCCCGUGCCCUACGAACUGGUGCCCGCGCUGGGCGCGGAGAACACCCUCCAGCUGGUGCAGCAGGCGCAGUCACUGGGAGGCUGCGACUUCGUCCUCAUGCACCCCGAGUUCCUGCGCGACCGCAGUCCCACGGGUCUGCUGCCCCGCCUCAAGAUGGGCGGGCAGCGCGCCGCGGCCUUCGGCUGGGCGGCAAUCGGCCCCAUGCGGGACUUGAUCGAGGGUUCGGGCGUUGACGGCUGGCUGGAGGGCCCCAGCUUUGGCGCCGGCAUCAACCAGCAGGCGCUGGUGGCGCUGAUCAACCGCAUGCAGCAGGCCAAGAAGAUGGGCAUGAUGGGCGGUAUGGGUAUGGGCAUGGGCGGCGGCAUGGGUAUGGGCAUGGGUAUGGGCAUGGGCAUGGCCCCCAGCAUGAACGCCGGCAUGACUGGCGGCAUGGGCGGCGCCUCCAUGGGCGGUGCCGUGAUGGGCAUGGGCAUGGGCAUGCAGCCCAUGCAGCAGGCUAUGCCGGCCAUGUCGCCCAUGAUGACUCAGCAGCCCAGCAUGAUGAGUCAGCCCUCCGCCAUGAGCGCCGGCGGCGCCAUGCAGGCCAUGGGUGGCGUCAUGCCCAGCCCCGCCCCCGGCGGCCGCGUGGGCACCAACCCGCUGUUUGGCUCUGCGCCCUCUCCGCUGAGCUCGCAGCCCGGCAUCAGCCCUGGCAUGGCGACGCCGCCCGCCGCCACCGCCGCACCCGCCGCUGGCGGCAGCGAGGCCGAGAUGCUGCAGCAGCUGAUGAGCGAGAUCAACCGCCUGAAGAACGAGCUGGGCGAGUAAACUGCUGGCCCAGCCGUACGGACAUAUGCCUGCUGAGGCACCAGCGCCGCAACACACAUCGCCGCAGCUGUCGCGGCUGCCAUGUUGGAUUUGCGCGUGGCGGCGUGGUGGUGUGGUGGUGUGGUGGCAGGAACAAGGGCGAAGCUUUAACUUACCCGGCGCUCAGCGCUUCGUUCAUAGGUUCGGCGCUUGAGCCGUGGUAGCGGCAAGUGUGCCCGCGGCAACGCGGGGCAAAGCGAAGACGCCGAUGACUUGACGCCUGGUAUGACACCUUGGUCUAUGAAGUCGCGCUGCGGUGCUGGGAUCAAGAAACAGCAACUCGAGGAAGGUAUCAUCGAGCGUCGUUAUACAGCAGACAAGGUACGAAACGGUGUGCAGGAGGGCAUGCACAGCAGCUUCAAAUGGCACGUGCAUGGCUCUGUUGCGAACAAGCUGCUCUGAGACACGGAUUGAGAGCCCUUAAUCGGUGGUCACAAGAGGUGGGGUUACGGUAUCGGGGCGCUGCGAUAGUCCUGCAAGUGCUGCCUGUUGAACACAAGGGCUCAGAAUUUAUGGCAGGGAAGGUCAAGGCCGAGAAUGGCCGCGUGCGUGAUUUAUUGUUUGAGCCAGGGCUUGUUGAUACUGUAUUAAUCAUGCGUGUGUGUUUGUGUGCGUGAACGUGACCCGACGGAUUCCGUGAGCCGCUGCGCAUGCAAGAUCCGGCCCUGACCUAUGUCCUAGUACAAGCCGAUCGUGCUUGGCCUGCCUUGAUUAAUGCGUCGCCUGAGGAUUCCCGUUUGUGGCUUUUAAGGAGCGCGAAUACGGCAGUUACGUGACCUGCUUGUCGGGUUGGGGAAAUCCGUCUGGUGUGUACCUGGCCUGGCCGGCUGAUCGGGUCUGCUUCCGGCAAGUAACUGUGCGGGUGAAACUACAAAAGGCAGCGCCGGUUGUGGGCGUCGUUUUGGUUGGUUUGGCGGGGUUCCCAUUGCAAUGUGUGUUUCCAUAAAUCAUGGGCGACACUGGAUGGAACGGCUUUGGCUUGCGCGGAGGCUUCUCAGGUCGGUACCUAAUAUUGCCAUAACCUCUCUUUCAAACCUGCGCCUCCUGCAAUCAAUAGAUGCAGGGGGCUGCGCAUCAACCCUGGGGACCAUACAAUGCUUAAUUCCGCUCUGCAAUUAUUCGAGUAGUGGCCUGUCGCGGAGAAGCUGCUUCAGGGUGUCAAUGUGGCUGCAGGACGGCACAAUAAAAGAGAGUGUGGGAGCACCGUAUCCUGAACAGCGGUGGAUUCUCAGAGCCUGUGGGCGCUUGCCCGGCGCACCGGCCGCUCGUGGGGGGUAGCAGCUGCGGCUGGUGUGCUGAUCUUCAUUUGUUUCUGUUUGGGGGGGCACCCCUUGCUCUCGUUGGUGUGAGCGCCGGUGCGCAGUUGUAAUAAGGGAAGGGAGCAUAACGCGGCGUGGCUUACACUAAGAGAGUUGAUACUUUGAAUCGACGCCUUGGAUGCAUGUAAAACCAGAAUUUG